AUGGACGGCGGCAGUGGCGGCUGCGCCAGAGAUAGCCGCCGGGAGUUGCUCGGCGGAGGCGCGGCGGAUAUCGAGGACGGGGAGUCGUCGUGGAGGCUCAACAUAAGCGAGUUCCGAUUGCCGGAGCGCGAUGCCGAUCAUCGUCAUCACGCUUUCAGCGUCCGGCGGCUCCUGCGGAACAAGAGAAAACAGCGAAAAAUUUCCGAGUACUACAAAAAGCAGGAGAGGCUCCUGGAAGGAUUUAAUGAGAUGGAGACCAUUCAUGAAUCUGGUUGUUUGCCAGAUGCACUGACAGAGGAUGAAAUGAAACAGCUUGCCAAGAGUGAAAGGAUGGCCGUUCAUAUUUCGAAUGUAUGCAAUCUUUUCCUUUUUAUUGCAAAAGUGUAUGCGUCAGUUGCGAGCAGAUCUUUGGCUGUCAUUGCAUCAACUAUGGAUUCUUUCCUCGACCUAUUAUCCGGUCUGAUCCUGUGGUUUACUUCCAAUGCAAUGAGAAACCCAAACCAUUAUCAUUACCCAAUUGGAAAGAAAAGGAUGCAACCCGUGGGGAUUAUUGUUUUCGCAUCUGUCAUGGCAACUCUGGGACUGCAAAUUAUAUUGGAGUCAGUUCGCCAACUUCUUGCAAAGUCUGGCCCUGAGAUGGACCAUAAUCAGGAAAUGUGGAUGAUUGGAAUCAUGGUGUCUGUAACUGUGAUCAAGUUUCUCCUCAUGCUUUACUGCCGCAGAUUUAAGAAUGAAAUAGUGAGAGCUUAUGCUCAAGACCAUUUCUUUGACGUCAUCACCAACUCGGUUGGACUGGCCACUGCUGUUUUAGCCGUUCGGUUCUUCUGGUGGAUUGAUCCUACCGGCGCCAUACUUAUAGCUAUAUACACAAUCAACACUUGGGCUAAGACUGUGGUGGAGAACGUAUGGUCCCUGAUUGGGCGAACGGCUCCACCAGACUUCCUCGCGAAACUGACGUACCUCAUAUGGAACCAUCAUAAAGAGAUACAGCACAUUGACACGGUCCGGGCCUACACUUUUGGGUCUCAUUACUUUGUGGAGGUGGACAUUGUUUUGCCACAGGACAUGCUGUUGAGCCAGGCCCAUAAUAUUGGCGAGACACUACAGGAGAAGCUGGAGCAGCUUCCUGAGGUCGAGAGGGCUUUUGUUCACAUAGACUUUGAGUUCACUCACAGACCGGAGCACAAGAGCAGUGUAUGA